AUGGACAGUCUGGUGAAUAGCAAUGGAAUUUGUCCAGAACCAGAUGAAAGAGAAUGGGGCAUCGAAAUUGGGGAGUGUGAGUCCCAUGUUGCCAAGAAAACGGGAAGUUUAGCCUACUUGACAUGGGAGGAGCUUGGAGUAGCUGUGUCAAGCUCAGAGUGGAGUGCAAGGAAAAAUGAACGUAAAUGCUUACUUACUGGUGUCUCUGGUUAUGCUAAACCAGGAGAGAUUGUUGCCUUUAUGGGGCCUUCUGGUUGUGGCAAGUCUACUCUCCUUGAUUCAUUGGCUGGGCGGUUGGCUUCGAACACAAGGCACACUGGACGAGUUCUAAUUAAUGGACGUAAACAGAGGCUUACCUAUGGCGCCUUGGCAUAUAUGACUCAAGAACGAGUUCUAACAUGGACGCUAACUGUAAAAGAAGCGGUUUAUUACUCAGCUGAACUCCAACUACCCAAGUUGAUGCCACGAUCCGAGAAGAGGGAGAGAGCAGAUAGAACCAUAAAGGAGAUGGGGCUUCAAGAUUGUGUGAACACAAGAAUAGGAGGCUGGGGUUUCAAAGGACUUAGUGGUGGCCAAAAGCGGCGUGUAAGCAUUUGCUUAGAACUCUUGACGCACCCGAAACUUAUGUUGCUUGAUGAGCCUACAAGUGGGCUUGACAGCGCAGCGUCAUACUAUGUUAUGAACCAGAUUGCCAAGCUCACUCGACAAUACCAUAUGACUGUUUUAGUAGCAAUUCAUCAACCUAGUAGUCAAGUUUUUGGACUCUUCAACAAUCUUUGUCUUCUUUCGUUGGGGAAAGCAAUAUACUUUGGUACUACUUUUGCAGCAAAUCAGUUUUUUGCAGCAAAUGGUUUUCCUUGCCCAGAUCUACAAAAUCCUGCAGAUCACUACCUCAUAACCAUCAACAUAGAUUUUGAUGAGGACAUUGUUAGCGAAGAGAUUCCUGCUGAGCAAGUAAUCAAUGCACUUGCUGAAUCUUACAAGUCAUCCGAGAUAUAUACGGAAGUCCAAAGUGAAAUAGCUACUAUAUGUGGAGAGAAAGGAGACAUAAUUCAGAGAGAAGGAAGCCUACAAGUCAAUUUCAUUACACAAUGCUUGGUGUUAUCGCAAAGAUCAUUCAUACACAUGCACCGCGAUCUUGGAUACUACUGGUUACGACUUGUUAUAUAUAUUGGGUUAGGUUUUGCACUAGGAACACUCUUCUUCCAAAUUGGUUCAGGAUUUGGGUCCAUAGAUGCUAGGGUUUCAAUGAUCAUGUUUGUUUCUUCAUUCCUAGCCAUUUUAGCCAUUGGCGGGUUCCCCUCAUUCGUGGAGGAAAUGAAGGUUUUUCAAUGGGAAAGAUUAAAUGGGCACUACGGGGUUGGAUCAUUUGUUAUUAGCAAUGCUAUCUCUUCAAUACCAUACCUACUUGUCAUCUCCUUAAUCCCGGGAACAAUUGCUUACUCGAUCAUGGGACUCCAAAGAGAACCUAAACUAUUCAUCUAUUUUGCAUUAGUCCUCUUUGUGUCGAUGUUGUUGGUUGAAAGUCUUAUGAUGAUCGUAGCUACCAUUGUUCCAAAUUUUCUCAUGGGCAUCAUAACUGGUGCAGGAAUCCAAGGCGUGAUGAUACUAGGUGCAGGAUUUUUUCGAUUGCCAAACGAACUACCUCAUGUGUUCUGGAAGUAUCCUAUCUACUAUAUUUCAUUCCACAGGUAUGCAUUACAAGGAUUGUACAAGAAUGAGUUCGAAGGAUUAAAAUUCCCAGAGUACUCAGGAGGUCCUCCUACAAUUGAUGGUGGGAUGAUUUUGAAGAGUGUAUUGCACAUUGAGAUGCGAUACUCUAAGUGGAUUGAUCUUGGAAUCUUGUUUGGUAUGGUUGUUGCAUAUAGAAUAACACUCUUCUGUACUAUUAAGAUAAUAGAGAGAGCGAGGCCUAUUCUCAAGGAUUCCAUGGUGAUUUCUUCUUUCUAA